AUGUGAGGAGGGUUGAAGCCUGGAAGGAUAGAAUCACGCAGGAGAGAGGGUGACUGCGAGAAUCCAGCGGGAGGAGGAGAACGAGAACGAGCACGAGCGCGAGCGAGAGAAAGAGAGAAUCUCUCGGAGAGUCUCCGAACAAGAAGGCGAACGAUUUCUUUUGAGGAAAAGGGCAGUCCUCGAGCAUCAUGCAUCUAAUGGAUUCAUUGUUUUGCUGGGUCUCCCACAAGUAUGGAUGACAUACAAAAGGGCAGACCUUUUGUAUGGGAUGACACUAACCAAGUGGCCAUGCAAGUAGUGGCACUCGCAAAUUGGGGUUCGAGCCUCCCAUCUCAAGACACCAUACGCAGCGAGAAUGGGCGCCGGUGGUAACAUGCCCCUACCCACACCUAGGAAUAAGGGAGAACACGACGCCCUCAAGAGAGUCCCAUACUCCAAACCCCAAUUCACGCUAGGCGAAAUCAAGAAAGCAAUUCCACCCCACUGCUUCCAACGCUCAGUCCUCCGUUCCUUUUCAUAUGUGGUCUAUGACCUCACCAUCGUCUCCCUCCUCUACUAUAUCGCCACCACUUACUUCCAACACCUUCCAACCCCAAUCUCCUUCGUAGCCUGGCCCAUCUACUGGGCGGUCCAAGGCUGCGUCCUAACUGGUAUCUGGGUCAUCGCCCACGAGUGCGGCCACCACGCUUUCAGCGACCACCAGUGGCUCGACGACACCGUGGGACUCAUCCUCCACUCCUUCCUCCUCGUCCCUUACUUCUCUUGGAAGUACAGCCACCGUCGCCACCACUCCAACACAGGUUCCAUGGAGCGGGACGAGGUCUUCGUCCCCAAGCCCAAGUCCAGCCUCGCUUGGUAUUCCAAGUACCUCAACAACCCACCUGGCCGACUCCUCACUAUCACCAUCACUCUCACCCUCGGCUGGCCUCUUUACUUAGCCUUCAACGUCUCCGGCCGCCACUACGAACGCUUCGCCUGCCAUUACGACCCUUACGGCCCUAUCUACUCCGACCGCGAACGCCUCCAGAUCUGCAUCUCCGACGUCGGUGUCCUCGCCGUCUCUUACGGGCUGCUCCGCCUCGUCUCCGCCAAAGGGCUCGCUUGGGUCAUGUGCAUGUACGGCGUGCCAUUGUUGAUCGUGAAUGGGUUCCUGGUCUUGAUAACAUACUUACAGCACACUCACCCGUCGCUGCCACACUACGACUCAUCGGAAUGGGACUGGCUUAGGGGAGCAUUGGCCACGGUGGAUAGGGAUUAUGGAGUGUUGAACAAGGUCUUCCAUAACAUCACUGACACCCACGUCGCUCACCAUCUGAUCUCCACCAUGCCGCAUUACCAUGCCAUGGAAGCAACCAAGGCUAUCAAGCCCAUACUUGGGGAUUAUUACCAAUUUGAUGGGACGCCCAUAUACAAGGCUGUGUGGAGAGAGACCAAGCACUGUAUUUACGUGGAGGCCGAUGAUGGUUUGAAGGACAAAGGGAUCUUCUGGUACAACAACAAGCUUUGAGUUUGUUACUGUUGGGAUCAGCAAGAGGUUACCUUUUAAUUUUAGGGAUCAGCUCUUCUUCUCAUCUAUCUUCUCUAUAUAAGGGUCAAACAAAACCAGAAAAAGGGGGAAAUGGUACGAGUAGGCAGUAGCUUGUGGCGUUGGGUUUGUAUUUGAAGAUCUCUUUACCUGAACCAUGCAAGAAGCUACGAAAAUGGUAGGCUUUAGCAUGGAUAUGGUACUUUUGUCCACUCCAUUUCAGUGGUUUGAGUUAGUAUUGAAGAACUUUAUUCUGUUUUAAGAAAUAUUGGUAGCAACAAUAAAUUAUAGAUAUCUCAACUAGUUGGAUUGAA